AUGUCGCUGUUGAGCUCAACAAAGAAGCCCUCUUCAAAGAGGACAAAAUUGCACACCUGGGAAGCCGGCUCCCAUGACUUGAAUAAGGAGCAGAUAUCACGCUACAGCCGUCAGAUCAUCCUCCCGUCCUUUGGCCCUGCUGCGCAAGCGCGGUUGUGCAAGGCUGCAGUGCUGGUCAUCGGCUCUGGCGGCCUUGGCUGCCCGGCCGCGCUGUAUCUGGCGGCCGCAGGCGUGGGCCGCCUGGGGAUCGUGGAUCAGGACGCGGUGGAGCUCAGCAAUCUGCACCGCCAGAUCGCGCACCGGGAGGCCUCUGUUGGCAUGCACAAAGCCGACUCAGCUGCGCAGGCCUGCAGCGGCCUCAACUCCUCCAUCCAGGUGGAUGUGCACCGAGAGGGAUUCACCGCGGCAAAUGCGGUAGAGCUGGCCUCGGCGUACGAUGUGGUUGUGGAUGCGACUGACAAUGCGGCCAGUCGCUACCUGAUCAGCGACGCGUGCGUCAUCGCGCGGCGGCCGCUCGUGUCCGGCGCUGCGCUCGGCAUGGACGGGCAGCUCACUAUCUACAACCAUGGCUCAGACGGGCCAUGCUACCGCUGCAUGUUCCCUGAGGCGCCGCGGCCAGAGAGUUGCUCACGCUGCUCCGAUGCUGGCGUGCUUGGGGUCGUGCCAGGCAUCAUUGGCACCCUGCAGGCACUGGAGGCUAUCAAACUGGCAUCUGGAGUGGGCAAGCCGCUGAGCAGAACCAUGCUGCUCGUUGACUCCAUGUCCAGCCGUUUCACUUCCAUCAAGCUGCGCGCUAAGAUGCCUGGAUGUAUCUCCUGCGGGGAGAAUCCUGACAUCACUGCACAGUCAUUGCAGCACUAUGACUACAGCGCUUUCACUGGAGCGCCCUCCAAUGAUGCGGCACCGGAGCCCCUGCAAUUGCUGCGCGAUGAGGAGAGAGUAUCUGCAGCAGAGCUGCAUGAGCUGCUGGAAGUGCAGCCGGAUAUGCUCCUCAUAGAUGUGCGGCCCAGGGAUCAGUUUGAAAUUGCCCACAUGCCAGGCUCAUGCAAUUAUCCCUUUGAUGAGACCAGGAAGGAGGCUUUUCAUGAGCACAUUGACGCCAUUGUCCAGAAGGCGAAGGAAGGCUGCGGCAGUGGGAGGGAGAAUGGGGAUGUUUCACGGCAGCAGCAGGCAGAAGACUCGAGAGGGGGCAGCCAGGGAGCUCCCCUGUGUGUUGUGUGUCGACGGGGAAAUGAUUCCCAGCAUGUGGUGCAGAUGCUUAGGCAGGGUGGAGUGAGAACAGCAGUGGACCUAGUGGGAGGGCUUGAAGCAUGGUCAAAACAUGCGAAAGUGGUCUUCCCAGAGUACUGA